AUGAGUCUCGCCCGGCCGGCCAGAUGCCUGUUCUGCAGCUUUACUCGGGCUGCAGCCCCGACAGGCGCUCGCGUGCCUCGACGCCAAUUCCACGCCUCACCCGCGCAAUUGUCGAACCGGAAACCGAAAUUCCCCAAUGUCAAGGCCGAGAACAUGCGGACGCUCGAUCAGAUCGCGCGUGAGAUGAAACCCGACGACUUCAAGCCGUACACGGAGGAAGAGAAGGCCGCCCUGAAGGAGGAGUACACACCGGAGCAGCUGGCAGCCAUUGAGGCCGGCGAGGCCGCCAUCGACCCCAAGGACCUGGCAGAGCAGUUUUCCAUCCGUCGGGAUCCGAUGAAGCUGCACUACCUGGACGAUCUGUCGACGAUCGAGCCGGGCGUGGACAAGCACGUCAAGGCGCCCAAGUCCAAUUCCGACUACCAUGCCACCCUGAAGACCGAGGAGGACUUUGUUGACGACUUCGCCCGAUUCUUUGCCGAGAUGCCGGAAAACGCGAAUGCCGGUGACUGGGUGCGCUUCCUCGAGAAGACCCGUGUCACUGUGGGCAAGGAAGAGAACGAACUCAACCCGCACAGCGCCCUGGUGCCCGAUCUGUUCGCCCCCGGUGAGACGCUUACCUCGAACGGACCGCCGCCCAAGGUGUUCGCGGAGGAGGACCCCAAGGCCCGCGAGUCGGAGGAGAUGACCGAUGCGCUCAAGCGGCUGCUUCAGUCGACGGGGUACACGACGGACGAGAUCCGGUCGCUGAAGACGAAGACGCUCGUCUCUCACUCGGUCGUCAACCAGACCCGUCUUGGUAAGGUCCGUCGGAUGUACUGUUUGUCGAUCGCCGGCAACGGAAACGGUCUCUUGGGUAUCGGCGAAGCCAAGUCUGAGGAAUCCACGGAUGCCGUGACACAGUCCAAGUACCGUGCCAUCCGCAGCAUGCAGCCCAUCCCGCGGUACGAGAACCGCACUAUCUUCGGCGAUGUCCAGGGCAAGGUUGGCGCCGUCGAGCUGCAGUUGAUGACCCGUCCCCCAGGCUUCGGACUGCGUUGCCAGCAUCUGAUCUUCGAGAUGUGCCGCGCAGCGGGCAUCCACGAUCUCGCCGCGCGGGUCAACCGCUCCCGGAACCCCAUGAACACAGUGAAAGCGGCUUACGAGGCGCUGAUGAGCCAGCGGAACCCGGAGGACAUUGCCCGUGCCCGUGGCAAGAAGUUGGUCGACGUGCGCAAGGUGUACUACUCUGGCCGCGCUUAG